AUGACAUCGCACGUGCAGUCACAGCUAUUUGGUAGGGUGCCACGACAGAGGCCGAAUCAGCAUCAUCUUCCACCGCUACUGCACCAACCGACCUCGUCGUCAUCGUCCAACGUGGUGGAGGUAUUCUCUCACCGUGGUGCCCGCUCGCUCCCCGCAGGUACUCCCUCGAGGCUGUCGGACAAGUCUUCCUGCUUUAGCCUAGGUUCCCGUAACUGUUGUAGUGUUUCCACAGUGGUGCCUGGCGCGGACACUGACGUCUGUGGCGCAAGUAGCUGUUGUGGUAAUAACGGAGUGAGCUAUGCCGUGGAGCACGGCCUACCCAAUCUGCUGAACGACAUGGUCGACGAUAUGCUACGCGACCGUCCAGAGGCGGACAUUGACGCGUGGAUGACGGAGUGGUUUGAGCAAGCGUAUGAGCGGCGUCAGCGAGAGGUGCAGCAGCAGUCAACAAAGUCUGGCACACACCACCUGGGUCAAUGCGUUAUCAGCAAUCCUUCGAGCAUCAGCAGCUGCGGCAGCGAUGCCAUUGUAGCACGACGAUCGCCAAUGGUGAUGUCCGUGAUUAAGCCAGCGACUACUGCAUCGCCGGCGCCAGUCAUGCUCCCACGCUCUGGGGAGAAUGUGAAAGGCGAUGCGCCGAAGACGCAGUUGUGCAGCUCCGUGGACUCGCCGCACUACAUUGUUGUUGCAUACUCGCCCCUGCAGGUGGCCAGCUUGCUGCCGCAGGGUAUGCCGCCGCCGCUGCCGUUGCCGCUGGACUUUGCCAGCACUGCUGGCGGCACCUUGACGAUGGGGAUGAUCGCCCAGCGCUCGUUGCCUCCCCCGCCGGAACCACGGCUACAGUCGGCUGGUGACGACAAGCAGAUCGUGGCUCGGCUGCCGCGCGGCGGCGACUUCCGCCUAAAGUCUCGCUCCCCACUCUUGAUAGAUGUGGGAAGCAGUGAGGGCCUCGCGCCGAGUUCCGCGUGA